GUUUGGUCCAGGAGCUCAGCGCGCUUUCACUGAUCUCCACUGCUGCUUGCAGUUUCAGCUGGAGGCUCAGGAACUCAGAGAAACUGUCAGAACUUGAACCUUUAUCGAGGAUUAUAACGUGUUUUUCUUGGACGUUCGGCUUCAAGUUUUACCAUGAUAGACCAACUUUUGGAGUUUUUCAGUCCCAACCAAGAACUAAACUUUUAAGAGCUUUCCAUUUACAUCUUUUUCUCCUUUAUUUAUUUAUUUUUUUCUGUUAUUGUUGGGUCUGGACAUAUGAAAUGAUAAUUCAUGUCUUGGAACAAUGACCGACUCCUCUUGGAUUUAUCUUGAGAUCUUUUAAGAAGUUGCACACUAUUCUUCACAGCCAUGGAAAUCUGUUUGCGCAUCCAGAUUUUUACAGCUAUUAUCUCCUACAUCAAGGUCUAUGCUCAUGUGGUGCCAAAUGGGAAGCAUCCAGGCCUGAAGGUGCUGGCCACAGCCUCACAUUAUUGGCCACUCGAUGCAGUGGAAGGGAUCCAUGAGCUGUGGGACCGGAUUGGAAACAGACCGGGUUUUAUUAACGGGAGUCACAUAACUCUCAGAAUCCACAACCACACUGUGCUCCCUUCUUCCAAUAACUCUUCCUAUGUGUAUACCAAUGACUCUGGCUACACUAACAUUUCUGCAACAGUAGACAUUGUUGAAGGAAUGGUCAACAAAGGCAUCUUUCUAAACGGUGAUAAUGGCGGCACCUUUCUUCACUUUGGAAACUACCAGAACUCUUGCAUUAGCGAUCCUACAUUUUGUGGCCCUGAGGGCAUAACCCUCUCGUUCUUUUGGAAAAACCAAGAGGCUGACUCUCGCUUUGCCAUGUCCUCUGGGGGCAAAGUUUAUUCAAACGGCUUCUCGGUCUACAUCAACCCUCUGGUGGGAUUUGUGGAGUUUUACACGAGAGGGAACAACCACAGAUGGAAGGUCAGCAUAAAGGUUCCAGGACCAUAUUGGACUCACAUUCUCUUUACUUGGACCAAGAGCGAUGGUCUGAAAGUCUAUAUUAAUGGGACCUUCACUGCUGGUGACCCAGUUGGCAGAGUUUCCAGAAAUUACGGAGACCCGUAUUCUGACCUGGUCAUUGGGACUGGCAAUAGUGAGGAUUAUGGUCAUUACCUCACCGGGGCCUUUGAUGAAUUUGUCAUCUGGGAAAGGGCCCUUUCGCCCCGUGACAUCUUGCACUACUACAAUGCAGCCACAGGUCAGGUUUUUGCCACGACUCUUGGAGACUCCGAAGAGGUUACUUCAACAGUUUCAACAGCGAGAGCCACUGCAGUGACUCCUCCUGUCCUCAGCAGUCACGGGGAAGCUGCCCAAAGUUCUUGGGGCCCGGACACCAAGCCAGUUCUGGAGUUCCUCACGGGACUGUCCAAUAAGACCAUUUCUCACAGCGCCGCCAGCAACCUCACACAGACCUUUCUCAAAAGUGUUGAAGAAGUGCUGAGUUCUCCAGGAUUUCCAGAGCAAUCAACCCCUGUGGUCAGCGGUCUGAUCCAGACAGUGGACCAAGUCAUGGAACACAUGGUGACUAACUUGAAGGCGAGCUCAGAUGCUCCCAUCUCCUUGGGAGGAACAUCUUUUGUUGCAGAUUACUCUCUGAUGAAAUUCCCCAAAAACUACAACCUGCCGCACUACCGCUUUCCCACGCAAGGGAAGAACUACAUCUCGGUGCCUGGGGAGGCCCUGGACAUGCAGUCUCAAACCACCAUUGUUGGCCUCUUCUACCACAAUAUGCAUAAAUACUACAAAGAGAUCAGUCCUGUCAAGACCAGGAUAAAUGAUGCCGUUGAUUUCAAGGAUCAUACGAUGGAGAUUGCAAGCCAUCUAAUCUCUCUAAAGGUGGAGCCCGUACCGGCGCUGUCAGUCAACCUGUCUGGAGCGCCACUCAUCAAGAUCGUCCUCACGCAUGUCUUGACCAACAAACAGCAGGACCAAGUACUGAACCAGAGCAAUAAAGUUUUCCUCUACUGCGCAUUUUUGGACUAUAGUUCUCAUGAGGGAGUGUGGUCCAAUGAAGGCUGUGUACGCUCAGAGGGGAACAUGUCUUACUCAGUCUGUCUGUGUAACCACCUGACCAACUUUGCUAUCCUCAUGCAAGUUGUGCCCUUGAAGCUUACUUCCAGCCACAUGAUGGCACUGUCAGUCAUUGGCUACGUGGGGUGCUCCAUUUCCAUCUUCUGCCUUGCCAUCACUCUGGUUACUUUUGCAGUUUUGUCAUCUGUUAGUACCAUGCGUAACCAACGCUACCACAUCCAUGCCAACCUCUCCUUCGCCAUCCUCGUGGCCCAGAUUUUACUGCUCAUAAGCGCUCGCUUUGAACCUGGCACGACGCCCUGUAAGGUCAUGGCGGUCCUGCUUCACUUCUUCUUUCUGAGUGCCUUUGCCUGGAUGCUGGUGGAAGGUCUUCAUCUGUACAGUAUGGUGGUGAAGGUGUUCGGAUCAGAGGGCAGCAAACACUACUAUUACUAUGUUAUUGGCUGGGGUUCUCCAUUCCUGAUCUGUGUCGUGUCCAUGACAUCAGCUCUUGACAGUUAUGGUGAAGUUGACAACUGCUGGCUCUCACUGAACAAAGGAGCCAUUUGGGCUUUUGUGGCACCUGCUCUUGUCGUCAUUGUGGUGAACAUCGGCAUCCUGAUAUCUGUCACCAGGAUAAUUUCUCGAAUUAGUGGGGAGAAUUACAAAGUCCAUGGUGAUGCCAAUGCAGCCAAGCUCACAGUCAAGGCGGUGGCUGUUCUCCUGCCAAUUCUGGGCAUUUCCUGGAUCUUUGGUGUUCUUGCUGUGAACACACACUCUUUGCCAUUCCUAUACAUCUUUGCUAUUUUCAACUCAUUACAAGGGUUCUUUGUCUUCUUGUUUCACUGUCUCCUUAACUCUGAGGUCAGAGCGGCAUUCAAGCAUAAAACCAAAGUGUGGUCUCUCACCAGCAGUUCCAUCCGAAACAUCAAUGUGAAACCCUUCCACUCUGAUAUCAUGAUUGAAAACAAAGAGGGAGUAACCCCCACUAAGAUGAACACAUGGGACAAGAGCACCAACUCCGCCAAUCGUUUUGACCUCUCCGCCAUGUGAACCAUUUUUCUUUGUCGUAGUUAAGUAAUCUGUGGCUCACUGGAGGGAAUUAUCCCCCCAUUGUGUUAUAAAAUUAGCUGUGUGCUCAUCCAAUCCAAUACAACUUUUGAUUUGUAGAUUUACCUUUUUGAUCACCUUUUUAAAGUCUGUCUUUUACUUUUUUAUACUGAAAACAUUUUGUUCUUUCACAAGAAAAAAAUAGAGAAAGGAGGACAUGAAAAAUAUCUACAAGUUAUUUAUAUACAAGAUAGUGUCACUGUUUUUUUUCCAUUUGUUUGUUUCACAGCAAAUCUUUACACUUUGUAAAAGCUUAUCAUUGAAAAGACUCAUAAAACUCAGUAUGGUGUUAAAUAAACAGUAUUCCAUAAAACACGUCUCUAACAAUACUUGAUGGAUGCAACCUGUAUAAUCUUUUAACUCUACUGUAUAACAGAUUUUUUUUUUAAAUCAUUGGAAAAUCCAACAAAAUAUGUUGACAUCUGAAACUUUUCUAUUGAAACAUGCUAAUGAGUUCACUACAGUUUAACUUACUUUGAAAACAAAAUAAAAAAAUACAAUUAAGAAAUUAAACUAAUUACCAGUAAUGACAGUAUUAUAAAUAAGAAGUAAUACAUAAGAAAAAAAUAAGAAUAAAGUUAAAAAACAUCCAAUCUAUGAUUGAGACUUCAUAAAUGUUGCAGUAUUUUGUUAAUCACAUACAGGAAACCCACACAUACAGUUUAAAUAGCACCUUGGUAUUCAGCACAAUAAUAAACUACUUUUCAAAACAAUCAAAUAUUCCUUUUCUGUUUGAGAUUUUGAGUGUUAAUGCGCAGGACACUCUGAUAUAAAGUGGAGCUGGUCAAUUUCGAACUAUAAUUUAUGUUAUUGUAAGCUAGAUUGUCACUCCUUUACCUCUGUGGGUAACAUUUGGUGUGAGGUGUUUGUGUUGGUUUGCUGUGUCUGCUUGUUUAUUGAAAUAUGGCAUUGUGUAAUAUUUAUACAGCGUAGCUUUUUUCUUAAGUGCUUAAAGAACGUUUGUUUGAGUUGUGAUUUUUUUUUUUUACUACCAGAUUACAAAUUAGCCUAGUUUAUGCUUUCUAAUCAUCCAUUAUCUUUAAGCUUUUAGCUUUUGAACUUAAGUUAGGAGGAUUCACCACCUAACAUUUGCAUGGCUAAAUGUAUUUUUACAGCAGAGUUUCGUUUUUCUGCUUAGAAGCAUCUUAGAUUUACAAUUCCUACAUUUUCUUUUGUUUUCUUACACAUCGUACUCAAAUUUAUUUUCUUCUUUUUUUAUUUAUUUUUUUUUCUGUUUGUGUAUUUAAUCUAAUAUGAAAAUGCGGAGAGGACCAUAUGAGAUUUUGUCCUGCUAGGAAAUAUUUAGAACCUUAUAAGCAAAACAGCGUGUACUUUCAUUUUCAUAUAAGCAAGUGUUGUGUGUCUGUGCAAAAAAUGAACCAAACUGAUUGGCUUAGCAUUCAGUAAAUGUGAGUUUUGUAGGUCUUUCAUCUUAAAUGACUUCCUAUUUCUUCUUCUUUUUUAAUAGUGCAAACAGGGGAUUUGAAAAAUAUCUACAAAAAAAUAUAAAUUUUCAAAAAUGUGAGAAGUUGAGUACUUUUGAGUUGCAGAUAAGUGCAAAAAUAGAAAGAAACCGCUGCAUCUUAGCCAAUAAAAAUUUAAACAAGUUCUUUAAAUGGAGCGUUAUAUUAUUGCAUCAAAAUUUCUACUAGCUAGUAAAUGUGUUCAUCAUAAUCCAUGCAAAACUAAACUUUUUGAGGGUGAAAGUAACCAGAAUUCAAAUAAAAUACACAGCUGUUGACAGCACGAAGCAUCAGCAUAUGUUUAAAUUAAAGUGUUCAUUUGACUCUGUUGGUGUAUUUAUUUAUUAUAUUUUGUGAUUCUCGCUGACUCUUCAUCUGUCAUGUCCUAUCAAGACUUAUAAAAAUUUUUGAAAAGUGUUUUUUCCAUGUUUUCAAUUGCGAUCCGUGUUGUACCCCUAAAAAGUAUUCUUGAUGUACCUCACGUCCUUGUAUGCUACCACACCGUAGGCUGAAGUAUUCAAUGUGUAGUGACUUUUGUUUAUGUAUGCAACACAAUUCUGUGAAUUUUUUUAUGUUAGUUGUAGAUGUCUCUGUUGCUAAUAUCUUUUAAACAUUCUGAUGUUUUUGUAUAUUAUAAUAGUUUGCUCUACGACACAUUGACUCAAGCUUGUUGCUGUUUUUCUUAGUUUGUUAGACUUUGUUCAAAAAUGUUCUUACACUGUGCCAACAUAAAAAUGUAAAAGUAUUUACUGUAAUUCACUCUGGUUCAUAACUUUUUUUUUUUCAAAUGAAGUAUUUUAUUAUCAAUGUGCUUAUGUGUAGCCUAUUGUGAUUUUAUGGUACUGCAGUUCCAACGUUCCAUAUUAAAAGUUGUUUAGAACAAGAAA